AGGAACUGGUCUCCGCUCUUAUAGAGGAUCGGAAACACGGGAGAGUGUGUAUGGGAAUGGGAAACCGGCGCACACUAGAUGCUUAUCUGCCUUAUUAUACUCCUCCAUGCUUCUGUUGCUCCUUCACUGUCUGCCUUCCAUCAUUUUCCCAGACGCCUUCUGGCAACCCAAUUGUGCAUAUAGAGAGGGUGGCCUGCGUGCUGGUUUCGCUUAUUGGCCCUUAUCGAGCUUAUUUCCAGGCAUAGCUGAGAUAAGAUGGAAGCUAUAUCACUACCCACUCCGCUCAGCCAGUCUCCCAUCUCCUUCCGCCCUCGGUUGCCCCCUACUCCUCCACUACAGGACUUCGACUAUGAGAAGCCGGAGCCUGUGACGCCGACGGAGGAAUCGUCUCGACUUUACCCCCUGCCGCCCACGCCAAGAGAGAACAAGGUCCUGCCGGAAGACCUCAAAACGCCCGACAACCAUGUCGAGAGAGACCCGCGGCUCAUCAGACUGACUGGCGUCCACCCGUUCAACGUGGAAGCUCCGUUGAGUGACCUCUUCGACGAGGGGUUCAUCACGACCAAGGACUUGCACUAUGUUAGGAACCAUGGAGCAGUGCCCCGCGUCGAGGAUAGCGAAGUGCUCGACUGGGAGUUCACGGUGGAGGGCAUGGUCGAGCACCCCAUCAAGAUGACGCUGAGGGACCUGAUCCAGGGUUUCGAGCAGGUCACAUAUCCCAUCACGCUGGUGUGCGCCGGCAACCGACGGAAAGAGCAGAAUGUGGUCCGGAAAACCAAGGGCUUCUCCUGGGGCGCCGCCGGUCUCUCGACAGCCCUCUGGACCGGCGUGACGCUCCCGGACCUGCUCUCGCGGGCUGUCCCCAAGCGCGGGGCCAGGUACGUCUGCUUUGAGGGCGCCGACAAGCUGCCCAAUGGCUACUACGGCACGUCGGUUAAACUCAACUGGGCCAUGGAUCCCGACCGGGGCAUGUUGGUAGCGCACAAGAUGAACGGCGAGCCGCUGCACCCGGACCACGGGAAGCCGGUGCGGAUCGUCAUUCCCGGGCAGAUCGGAGGGCGCAGCGUCAAGUGGUUGAAGCGGAUCGUGGUCACGUCGGCGCCGAGCGACAACUGGUACCACAUCUACGACAACCGCGUGCUGCCGACCAUGAUCGACCCCGAGCAGAGCGCCAACCUGCCGGACACGUGGAAGGACGAGCGAUACGCCAUCUACGACCUCAACACCAACAGCGCCAUCUGCUACCCUGCCCACGACGAGAGGGUGCCGCUGACGGGCGGCGCCGAGACGUAUAGCUAUAAGCUGAAGGGGUAUGCCUAUGCCGGCGGCGGCAAACGGGUCACGCGGCUCGAGGUGACGCUGGACCAGGGCAGGACGUGGAUGCUGGCGUCCAUCUCGUACCCCGAGGACCUGUACCGGCAGGCGCGCGACGGGGAAACCCUCUUCGGAGGCCGGCUGGACGUGUCGUGGCGGGAGACGUGUUUCUGCUGGUGCUUCUGGGAGCUCGAGCUCCCGGUUGCCAGACUGUGCGAUGCCCGGGACGUCAUGAUCCGGGCCAUGGACGAUUCCAUGAUGGUGCAGCCCCGGGACAUGUACUGGAGCGUGCUGGGCAUGAUGAACAACCCGUGGUACCGAGUGGUGAUCCACAAGGACGGCCACUCGCUGCGCUUUGAGCACCCGACACAGCCAGCACUGAUCCCCGGCGGCUGGAUGGAGAGGGUCAAGAAAGAAGGCGGCAACAUCGCGAACGGGUUCUGGGGCGAGAAGACGGUGGGCGAAGAUGCUGCUGCGCCUGUGCAAGAAGAACCAGCGAAGGAGAUCAGUAUGGUGGAUGAGAAGGUCGCCCGGAAGAUCACCAUGGACGAGCUCCGCCAGCACGGCGGCGAGGACCAGCCAUGGUUCGUGGUGAACGGCCAGGUGUACGACGGCGCCAAGUUCCUCGAGGGCCACCCCGGCGGCGCCGCCUCCAUCAUCAAUGCCGCCGGGCAAGACGUCGGCGAGGAAUUCCUAGCCAUCCACAGCGAAAACGCGAAAGCGAUGAUGCCAGCGUACCACAUCGGCACCCUGGAUACAUCCAGCCCCUCCUCUCCAUCCUCCCCCUCCGACCCCUCCUCCGAAGACUCCUCCUCCACCGACCCAGUCUUCCUCUCGCCUAAAACGUGGCGCAGAGCGCUCCUCUCCUCCAAAACGACCGUCUCGGCAGACUCCAAGAUCUUCCACUUCAGCCUCGCCCACCCGUCCCAGUCCGUGGGCCUGCCAGUAGGCCAGCACCUGCUCAUCCGCCUGCGCGACCCGGUCACGCGCGAGGCCAUCAUCCGCGCCUACACCCCGCUCUCCGAGGCAUCCGACACGGGCGAGCUGCGCGUGCUGAUCAAGAUCUACCGUGACACGCCCGCCUGGACCGGCGGCGGGCGCAUGACGCAGGCGCUCGACGCUCUCCCCGCGGGCCACCCGGUCGAGUUCAAGGGCCCCGUGGGGAAGUUCGUGUACACCGGCCGCGGCGCGUGCAGCCUCAACGGGCGCGCCCGACACGUGAGCAGGUUUGUCAUGGUCUGCGGCGGCAGCGGCAUCACGCCCAUCUUUGCCGUCCUGCGGGCCGUGGUGCGUGACGCGCAGGAUACGACGCGGUGUCUCGUGCUGGACGGGAACCGCGUGGAGGGCGAUAUCCUCCUCAGAGAGGAGCUGGAUGGGCUGGAGAAGGAAGGGGAGGGGAGGUGUAGGGUGGUGCAUACCCUCAGUCGGCCGGGGGACGGGUGGACCGGGUUGAAGGGCCGCAUGGAUAGGGCCCUGUUUGAGCGCGAGGUUGGCGCGCCGCCUAGGGAGAGGGAUGCGAUAGUCUUGAUCUGCGGGCCUGAGGGCAUGGAGGAGGCUGCGAGGGAGGCGUUCUUGGGCAUGGGCUGGGAUGAGGAGGAUUUGCUUUUCUUUUAGCGGGCGAGCGAGCGGUUGGUUCUAAGGGGAAGGGGUAAGGUGUUGAGGGGUCUGGACAUUCUGGAUUUCGGAUUUGGACAUCUCUUCGUUUUUGAUGACUGACGAGGACAUGUUAUAUUAGAGAUCGGUCAACGAGCGCAUUGGUAGGAGGACCACGCUGGAUUAG